AGCCCCUCCUCAUUGGCCGGCGGGCGGGAGGCCCCGCCCCCGUGGGGCCGGCGCCGCCCGGCGAUUGGCUGCCGGGGCGCAGCUGGCCCCGCCCCCGCCCCUCGCACAUACACAAGAGUCACGCGCCUUUCGGUAGGAAACUUGGCGUGCCGCGGCGGACCGCGGCCCUCGUCUCCCCACCCCCUCACCUCGCCAUUGGUCCGCGGGGCCGCUCGCGACCACCCCCCGAUCCGAGCCCCCCGGCCGGGCGUCCGGGCGCCCGCCCAUGAUUGGCUGCCCGGCCUGCCUCUCGCGGGAGCGGCGGGCCCUCUCCCCUCCCCUCGCCCCCUCCCGCGAGCCUCGAGGCUCCCAGCUGGCCGAGGCCGCGUCCGUGUCAGUCAGGGAGGCGGACCGCCGGGGCGCGCGGGGGUGCAGACGCUCCGCCGCGAUCCGGCCCAGGGGCCCGGUGCCCGCGCUCGCGCCGCCGGCGGGGAAGGAUGAAGCGGCAGCUGGAGGAGCCACCCUAUGAUUGGCUGUGGCGCCUGUGAACCCGGAGUAAAGAUGGCGGGCGGGCAGGUAGCCGCCGCACUGCCCACUUGGAAGAUGGCGGCGCGCCGCAGCUCCAGCGCCCGCGGCCGGGGGGUCCUGCGGGCGGCGGCGGGGCGGCUGCUGCCGCUGCUCUUGCUGAGCUGCUGCUGCGGCGCGGGCGGCGGCGGCGGCGCGGCGGCGGCGGCGGCGGCGGCGGCGGGCGAGAGCGAGGAGACGGUGAUCAUCGGGCUGCGGCUGGAGGACACGAACGACGUGUCGUUCAUGGAAGGAGGGGCGCUGCGGGUGAGCGAGCGGACCCGGGUCAAGCUGCGGGUGUACGGGCAGAACAUCAACAACGAGACGUGGUCUCGCAUCGCCUUCACCGAGCACGAGCGGCGGCGCCACAGCCCCGGCGGCGAGCGCGGGCUGGGGGGUCCCGCGCCGCCCGAGCCGGACAGCGGCCCCCAGCGCUGCGGCAUCCGCACUUCGGACAUCAUCAUCCUGCCCCACAUCAUCCUCAACCGCCGCACUUCGGGCAUCAUCGAGAUCGAGAUCAAGCCGCUGCGCAAGAUGGAGAAGAGCAAGUCCUACUACCUGUGCACGUCGCUGUCCACGCCGGCCCUGGGCGCCGGCGGAGCCGGGGCCACGGGGGGCGCCGUCGGGGCCAAGGGCGCCUCCGGCGUGGCGGGGCUCCCGCCGCCCCCCUGGGCCGAGACCACCUGGAUUUACCACGACGGCGAGGACACCAAGAUGAUCGUGGGCGAGGAGAAGAAGUUCCUGCUGCCCUUCUGGCUGCAGGUGAUCUUCAUCUCGCUGCUGCUCUGCCUGUCGGGCAUGUUCAGCGGCCUCAACCUGGGGCUCAUGGCCCUGGACCCGAUGGAGCUGCGCAUCGUGCAGAACUGCGGCACCGAGAAGGAGAAGAACUACGCCAAGCGCAUCGAGCCCGUGCGCCGGCAGGGCAACUACCUGCUGUGCUCGCUGCUGCUGGGCAACGUGCUGGUCAACACCACCCUCACCAUCCUGCUCGACGACAUCGCGGGCUCGGGCCUGGUGGCCGUGGUGGUCUCCACCAUCGGCAUCGUCAUCUUCGGGGAGAUCGUGCCCCAGGCCAUCUGCUCCCGCCACGGCCUGGCCGUCGGGGCCAACACCAUCUUCCUCACCAAGUUUUUCAUGAUGAUGACCUUCCCCGCGUCUUACCCGGUGAGCAAGCUGCUGGACUGCGUCCUGGGGCAGGAGAUCGGCACCGUGUACAACCGGGAGAAGCUGCUGGAGAUGCUGCGGGUGACCGACCCCUACAACGACCUGGUGAAGGAGGAGCUGAACAUCAUCCAAGGGGCGCUGGAGCUCCGCACCAAGACGGUGGAGGACGUGAUGACCCCGCUGCGGGACUGCUUCAUGAUCACCGGCGAGGCCAUCCUGGACUUCAACACCAUGUCGGAGAUCAUGGAGAGCGGCUACACCCGCAUCCCGGUGUUCGAGGGGGAGCGCUCCAACAUCGUGGACCUCCUCUUCGUCAAGGACCUCGCCUUCGUGGAUCCCGACGACUGCACGCCCCUGAAGACCAUCACGAAGUUCUACAACCACCCCUUGCACUUCGUGUUCAACGACACCAAGCUGGACGCGAUGCUGGAGGAGUUUAAGAAAGGUAAAUCGCACCUGGCCAUUGUGCAGCGAGUCAACAACGAGGGGGAGGGCGAUCCCUUCUAUGAAGUCCUGGGCAUCGUCACCUUAGAAGAUGUCAUCGAAGAGAUCAUCAAGUCCGAGAUUCUGGACGAAACGGAUCUGUACACUGAUAACAGAACGAAAAAGAAAGUGGCCCACCGUGAGAGGAAGCAGGACUUUUCUGCCUUUAAGCAGACAGACAGCGAGAUGAAGGUUAAAAUAUCGCCCCAGCUCCUCCUGGCCAUGCACCGUUUCCUGGCGACAGAAGUAGAAGCAUUUAGCCCAUCCCAGAUGUCAGAGAAGAUUCUUCUAAGGCUGCUAAAGCACCCCAAUGUCAUCCAGGAACUGAAGUACGACGAGAAGAACAAGAAGGCCCCCGAAUACUACCUCUACCAGCGCAACAAGCCUGUAGACUACUUCGUGCUCAUUCUGCAGGGCAAGGUGGAGGUGGAGGCCGGGAAGGAAGGCAUGAAGUUCGAAGCCAGCGCGUUCUCCUACUACGGCGUCAUGGCCCUCACCGCCUCCCCAGUUCCCCUGUCCCUGUCUCGCACCUUUGCCGUCAGCAGAACAGAGCUGUUAGCGGCGGGCUCUCCAGGUGAAAACAAGUCCCCCCCGCGCCCCUGCGGUCUGAAUCACUCGGACUCACUGAGCAGAAGUGACCGGAUCGACGCCGUCACGCCGACCCUGGGGAGCAGCAACAACCAGCUCAACUCCUUCCUGCAGGUCUACAUCCCCGACUACUCGGUGCGCGCCCUGUCCGACCUCCAGUUCGUCAAGAUCUCCAGGCAGCAAUACCAAAACGCCCUGAUGGCCUCCCGGAUGGACAAAACCCCGCAGUCCUCGGACAGUGAAAACGCGAAAAUUGAAUUGACUCUUACGGACCUGCACGACGGGUUGCCGGACGAGACGGCCAACCUGCUCACCGAACAGAACUGCGUGCCUCUGGGCAAGGCCAACCACAGCCUGCACGGCGAGGGCGCCAUCUAGCGGCCGUGCUGCGCCCCGCACCCUCCUGACACCAAAGACUGUCCCCUCCCCGGAGCGGCCCAGGAUGGCGCGGGGGAUCGGCCAGGCCGGGCACGGCCUCCCACGAGCCCCGAGGAACUUCUUCCGCCCAAAUAGAAUCAUGUUUUAUUUUUUCAGCUCUACCUUUGAUCAUUAUUCACUCUCUUCCUUCAAUUUGCAUGAAGUUGGAAAUUGUUAACGAUUUAUUUUUUUUUCCUCCCCCACCCCAAAGAGAUCAUGUUUUUUGGUUU